AUGAGUAACGCGACAAACACAAACGUGGGGAAAGAGGCAAACGUGGGGAAAGAGGCAAACGUGGGGAAAGAGGCAAACGUGGGGAAAGAGGCAAACGUGGGGAAAGAGGCAAACGUGGGGAAAGAGGCAAACGUGGGGAAACAGGCAAACGUGGGGAAACAGGCAAACGUGGGGAAACAGGCAAACGUGGGGAAACAGGCAAACGUGGGGAAACAGGCAAACGUGGGGAAACAGGCAAACGUGGGGAAACAGGCAAACGUGGGGAAACAGGCAAACGUGGGGAAACAGGCAAACGUGGGGAAACAGGCAAACGUGGGGAAACAGGCAAACGUGGGGAAACAGGCAAACGUGGGGAAACAGGCAAACGUGGGGAAACAGGCAAACGUGGGGAAACAGGCAAACGUGGGGAAACAGGCAAACGUGGGGAAACAGGCAAACGUGGGGAAACAGGCAAACGUGGGGAAACAGGCAAACGUGGGGAAACAGGCAAACGUGGGGAAACAGGCAAACGUGGGGAAACAGGCAAACGUGGGGAAACAGGCAAACGUGGGGAAACAGGCAAACGUGGGGAAACAGGCAAACGUGGGGAAACAGGCAAACGUGGGGAAACAGGCAAACGUGGGGAAACAGGCAAACGUGGGGAAACAGGCAAACGUGGGGAAAAAGGCAAACGUGGGGAAAAAGGCAAACGUGGGGAAAAAGGCAAACGUGGGGAAAAAGGCAAACGUGGGGAAAAAGGCAAACGUGGGGAAAAAGGCAAAUGUGGGGAAAAAGGCAAAUGUGGGGAAAAAGGCAAAUGUGGGGAAAAAGGCAAAUGUGGGGAAAAAGGCAAAUGUGGGGAAAAAGGCAAAUGUGGGGAAAAAGGCAAAUGUGGGGAAAAAGGCAAAUGUGGGGAAAAAGGCAAAUGUGGGGAAAAAGGCAAAUGUGGGGAAAAAGGCAAAUGUGGGGAAAAAGGCAAAUGUGGGGAAAAAGGCAAAUGUGGGGAAAAAGGCAAAUGUGGUGAAAAAGGCAAAUGUGGGGAAAAAGGCAAAUGUGGGAAAAAAGGCAAAUGUGGGGAAAAAGGCAAAUGUGGGGAAAAAGGCAAAUGUGGGGAAAAAGGCAAAUGUGGGGAAAAAGGCAAAUGUGGGGAAAAAGGCAAAUGUGGGGAAAAAGGCAAAUGUGGGGAAAAAGGCAAAUAUGGGAAUAACUCAAAUAUGGGAAUAA